AUGGAAGGUUUUCUAGUGGAAUCUCCAUUUCUGCAGGGCGAAUUUCUCAGCCCGGAGCAGAAAAUUCUGGUCAAGACGGCCAUUGACUUUCUGAAGGCCGAGAACAAACUCAAAGUUCUCAAGUUUUGGGGCCGCAUCAGCGGAAUCACCAACGACUACUACAUUCUGCAAGGAUUCACGUCCGACUACUUCAGAAACAUCAAGUAUUUCUACAGCCACGAUCUGAUUGAGUGGGUCAGGAUGCCUAGGGUGGAGCCAGAGGCCCUAAGACUUUUGGAGGCCUGCACCUCCCUGUUCACUGGGAUUCCCAGCCACGUGUUCAACUUCAUGUCUGCAACUGACCAAAAGGAGGUCAGUCUGAAAGAGGAAGAUCGUCUGACUGCGGCAGUGGCCGUGAUAAACAACGAAAUGUCCAUCAUCCCUCGCAGCGCCUUUCUGAUUGGAUCGGACAACAAGACUGCCAAAAACAAAAUGUUCAAAGGCCUGUCGUUUGACAAGCUGGCCGACCACGAUUCCUACGUCCACUUCGAGGACUUGCGCGGCUCCAAAGUCAUGUUCCCGCUGCUCGACUCGCGCCACACCAUCAAGACCGACUUCCCUCCGGCCUGGAGGUUGCAACUCGAGCAGGAGGGCCAGGUGGCUGUGGUCAGGAGUCUGUUGUGGCCUGGACUGACCUUCCACCACCAAGUGGAGUCACCUUUCUACGGCUGGUCGUACUUGGGCGACGGCAGAAGGAACUGGGACAUCUGUUACAUGAUCUGAU